AUGUCUGAUCCAUCCAUGGCAGAUGUGAACCCAGAAAAAAUGGAAUUGGCCAAAUUUCAGUUCGACACAUUGUCUGCAUUGCAAAACUCUCUUUUUCACAGCUGUGCCAUGAAGUGCAUACCGCUAGACUAUGGAGAAGAGGAUAUGAACAAGGGCGAAAUGUCGUGUACAGACCGGUGCGUGGCAAAAUUUAUGAGGAGCUACCGAUUAUUGAGUGAUUAUGUCCAGCAGGCUGGAUUUACAGAUUCGGAUCUAAAGCAUUACGAGAAUAUUAAGCAGAAACUACGGCAGAGUAUGCAGAACGAGAAAAAUUAG